CUCGCACUGAAUAACACUGUGACAACCUACUGGAUCGGUUUGAUCUUGGUUGGUAACGUUUGGACGUACACAACCGGCUCCCCUGCAACGUUCUUCAGAUGGCGUCCAACUCAACCGGACAAAUGUUGCGGUAAUACGAUACCGGUCAGGUGUGUACUAGUGAAUUGGGUGGGGAACACUGGAUUAUGGGAUGAUGCUGGAUGUGAGGGAGCGUGGUCACCGCUGGACGGAUUCAUCUGCAAGAUGCCUCUCUGA